GAGACCCGGCGCCAUUUGCCCCGGAAGUACUUUGGAGGUCUGCGACGCGGGUGUGCUGAACGGAGUGGCGGCGGCGGCGGCUGUUGUAGCUUCCUCUUGUGUGCUGACGCCCCGAGACCGCCACCAUGGACUUCCAGCACCGGCCCGGGGGCAAGACUGGGAGCGGGGGCGUGGCCUCCUCCUCAGAGAGCAACCGAGACCGGAGGGAGCGCCUGCGGCAGCUGGCCCUAGAGACCAUCGACAUCAAUAAGGACCCGUAUUUCAUGAAGAACCACCUGGGCUCCUACGAGUGUAAGCUCUGCCUGACACUGCACAACAACGAGGGCAGCUACCUGGCACAUACGCAGGGGAAGAAGCAUCAGACCAACCUGGCUCGACGGGCCGCCAAGGAGGCUAAAGAGGCCCCAGCCCAGCCCGCCCCAGAGAAGGUCAAGGUUGAGGUGAAGAAGUUUGUGAAGAUCGGCCGCCCUGGCUACAAAGUGACCAAGCAGAGGGACACAGAGAUGGGCCAGCAAAGCCUGCUCUUCCAGAUUGACUACCCAGAGAUUGCAGAGGGCAUCAUGCCACGGCACCGCUUCAUGUCCGCCUACGAGCAGCGGAUUGAGCCCCCCGACCGGCGCUGGCAGUACCUGCUGAUGGCCGCCGAGCCCUACGAGACCAUUGCCUUUAAGGUGCCCAGCAGAGAGAUUGACAAAGCCGAGGGCAAGUUCUGGACCCACUGGAACCGGGAGACCAAGCAGUUCUUUCUGCAGUUCCAUUUCAAGAUGGAAAAGCCCCCUGCACCGCCCAGCCUCCCCGCCGGCCCUCCCGGGGUGAAGCGACCCCCACCCCCCCUGAUGAACGGAAUGCCCCCACGGCCACCGCUACCAGAGACGCUGCCGCCACCCCCACCAGGAGGUCUGCCUCUGCCACCCAUGCCUCCCACGGGGCCUGCACCCUCCGGGCCUCCUCAGAUGCCUCCACCAGCCCCUGGAGUCCAUCCCCCAGCCCCAGUAGUUCACCCACCAACUUCAGGGGUUCACCCCCCAGCACCAGGGGUACACCCCCCAGCACCCGGAGUACACCCACCAACUGCUGGAGUCCACCCUCAGCCUCCAGGGGUACAUCCACCUGCCCCUGCUGUUCACCCUCAGGCCCCUGGGGUACACCCACCUGCUCCUGGUGUCCACCCAGCAGCCCCAGGAGUUCACCCCCAGGCACCAGGAGUGCACCCCCAGGCACCAGGGGUGCACCCUCAGGCUCCAGGGGUUCACCCACAGCCUCCUGGGGUUCACCCACAGCCUCCUGGAGUGCACCCCUCAAACCCUGGGGUGCAUCCCCCGACUCCCAUGCCCCCGAUGCUGAGGCCCCCACUCCCCUCCGAUGGCCCUGGGAGCCUCCCACCCCCUCCCCCAGGCAACUGAAGGGCUUCCCCAACCCCUGUAUGUUUGUGCAGAAAGCAGUGGUUGGUUUUGUAGAGCUGUGUGCAACCUUGGUGUGUUCAAUAAAGUCUCCUGUGGCCUUGUGCAA